CCUUCUGCAACCAAAAAUUUGGUGCAGUGAAGCAGAAUGUAGUUGUAAGCAUGCAGAUGAGUGGUGUACUGGCAGCUGUAAUGUCAGACCAGCUGGAUCCUGGCCUUGGCUUCGUGUGCUUGAGGUAUGUGUCUUCGUACCCCAGGUGUGCAGGUGUUGCCUGAGCUGCAGGUGGAUCUGGGUCUGCAUGCUGGUCUGGAAGAACAGCUCCUGGGACAUUGUUCCAGGCCUUUGUGUAUGUGCCUCCUGGAAUGAAAUGCCCUAAAAAGUACUGUUUUCUCUAUUGCUCAUGCAGUAAGGUUAGUGGGUCAUCCCAACACAACGGAGUGAGCAAACUCCUGCUCUCAGGGAACUCAUUUCCCUGUCACUGUGGAGGAUGUCUGCAGUGUGAUGUAACAAAGCUCUGUGGAGCUCUGUAGAAGUGCAUGUCCUGGCUGUGUGCUCUGAUCACUGUUCCCAUUGGUGAUAGGACUGGAUCAAUUCCAGCAAGUGAAAAAACACAGUUCUGUUGCAAAACCUGCCAUCUUGCACUCAGUAAAAAUGUUUUUUUGGGACUGGCCCCAUUUAUUCACCACCAAUUGUUUUCAAUCCACUUCUUUGGGUCACAACUUUGUUACUUAAGCCAUGAUUCCCCACUCACCCGAUGCAGCAGGUUGGAAGGAGCACAUGGCGGCUGCGCGGCAGCUCCUCAGGUCGCUGAGAUGGUUUGUGCUGAUAACAGAAUUGCUUUCCUCUCCCAGCAGGGCACCAGGCUCGUGCUGGGCAGAAGGAAAAACAAAUUAGAUUUAGAAAUUGUUAUUAUUUGAGCUUAAUAGCAUGUCUGAAAUCGGCAGUUGGGAGACCCUGGAGCUGAUUAGAAGGCAGCAAUGACUCGGGGUGGUGGUGGAGAGCUGCAUCCCCAUAUGGGCAUCAUCCUGAUGGAGUGCUUUGUGCAGAGGGUCAGUGCUGCCUCUAUAGGGCAGCUGGUGGGGAUAACAAGGGGACAUGGAAGAGAUGCAGAGUGGAUGAGCUCCUCUCACAGUGCUUUCCAGUCCGUUGCUGGCAGCAGCCGUUGCAGCUGUUGCCCGGGGAACAGCAGUUGGAUGCAAACAGAAGCGUCAGGCGCAGGAGAGCCUGAUCAGAGCUGGGCAGCAGGGCUCUGCCUGCCUGUUGGUGCUCAGGGAAAGUGUUACUGGGACUGAAAGGGUGCUCCGGGGCCCUAUCCUCCUCCUGUGGCCAACUGGAGUAAAAACAUUUUGGCGGCUUCUUGGACAGAGACUGGAGGUAAGGAUGGAUGAUUCAAGUGACACUGCACUGAAGGAGUCGUCCCCAGAUGGACAGAUGCAUCGAGAGGCAGCAAUGCCACCCCAGCAGGACUCCAUGGCUGCUGCCCAGGAAGAUGGAGCUCUGGGAAAUGCUGCAGCAGCUGCACCUCAGAGGGCUCCUGGAGAGCUGGAGGAGCGCAGCGAUGCUCCCAGCCGUGUGUGGGGUGCGCAGCCUGGCCUGCUAUUCCAGGGAGAGAAGCAGAGCUGCCACCCUCUCAGCCUGUCCUGGGCGCUGGGCUACAACAGCAGCCUGGCUGUGCACAGCAUUGAGGAUGGGAUGCUGCUGUAUGUCUGUGCCCACACAGUGGUGGUCCACGAUGUCCUUGGCAGCAGGCAGCACCACCUGCAGGGUCAUGCAAAUGCCAUCUCAUGCCUGUGUGUCAGUGAGGACAGGCGCUGGGUUGCCACUGCUGACCAAGGUCCAGACCCUUUGGUCAUCAUAUGGGAUGCCUUUUCCGGGAUCCCGGUGCGCACCAUCUUUGACAGCCAUGCAGGCAGUGGGGUCUGCGCUAUCGCCAUCUCCCGGGAUGCAAAGUGUUUGGUUACCAUCAGUGCUGGCAUGGUGCAGAGGGUCUGUAUGUGGAGGUGGACAUAUCCUGAUGAGAGCCCCGUGUGUUAUGUGGAGCUGAGCCCUGAGUUUGGCUUCCAGGAUUUUGUCAUUUUUAAUCCCCAAAAUCCCUAUGAGUUUGUCAGCAACAGCAAAACCCAAGUGAUAUUUUAUCUGUGGGGUGAUGCUGGUUUGCAGUACAGCACUCCUCCUUUGACCAAGCAGACCUUUGGCAGCACAGUGGGACACUUCACCCAGUCAGCUUUCCAUUUCAACGCCACGCAGGUGCUGACGGGCACUUCGGCUGGGAAGGUGGUGGUGUGGGAUGUGGAGAGAAAGCGGGGGCUGGCCAAGGAGCCGCAGGGCAGGCUGCGUGGCAUGAAGGCCACCAAGCUGGUGCCGAUGCAGGAAGAAAGUCUGACAGUGCUGUUGGUGUUGGAGAGCUGCAUAGUGACAGGGGAUGUGAGAGGCCAGGUGAAGUUCUACAAUGGGCACCUGCAGCUCCUGGCCUGCUCUGACCACAGCGGUACGGGUCCCAUUCAGUCCAUCUCCUUCUCCAAAACUCCUUCAGAUCCUCCUGGUGCCUCUUCUACCAGCAGCCACCCCUUUGCUGCUAGGAACUUUAUCCUUUCAACCUCUGAUGCAACAGUGCUCCGUGUUGCGACAGAUGGGACAGACUUUGAAAAAGUCAUGAAAGAGGCCAAGAAAGCAGUGACGGCCAUUGCAUGCCAUCCUCAGCAGUCGUGGCUUGCCAUGGGCAGUCACUGCGGGCUGCUGAAGGUGUGGGACUACAAGCAGCUCCAGCUCCUUGUGAGCAGGAUAUUCUCCAGUGCUGGAGUCCAGUGCCUGUCCUAUGAUCCUGCAGGCUCCUUCCUGGCCACUGGUCUUACCGAUGGGAGCGUGCAUGUCCUCGAUGCCAUUUCCCUGCUGUCCUGCUGUGAGGUGUUCAGGUUCUCGCGGGGCCCCAUAACUCACGUCCAGUUCUCCCAUGACUCUGAGUACCUCGCAACUGCUGAUGAAAAAUAUGCAGUGACUGUUUACAAAAGGGUUCUGCAGAAUGAGCGUAGGUGCUGGGAACACCUGGCAGGGCUGCACUCCCACUACAAGCCCAUCCGGAGCAUCCUGUUUGGGAUCCAGCUGGAUGGCAGUGAGCCCCGGCUGCUGAGCCUUGGGGAGGACAGGCAGCUGAUUGAAUAUGACCUGAGCAGCAGCAGCAAAGACCAGCUGGUGGUCCUGCACAGACAUCGUGUAGAGCAGGCUGCAGUGCCCCUCUGCUUGGCCUGGUAUCCACAUUUCAGCACCGAGUCCUUCAUCCUCACGGCCAACAGCUGCUACAAAAUGAAGCUCUACAAUGCAACAACCAAAAUGUGCAGAAAGACUCUUCUGGGACCAACCUAUGGCUCACCACUGGAGAAGAUGCAAAUCCUGCCAAAGAGUGCUGCAGAGCCCCAGAAGCGCUAUCUGGCAUACAUUACCAAGGACAAGGUGGGCCUGCAGAUUCUGCCCGUUGAUGGUAACCCUCACAAGUCCUCAGCUUUCAUUUGCCAUCCAGAUGGUGCUUCUGACCUGGCCAUCUCCUACGAUGGGCGCUACAUCUUUACGGCUGGGGGGAGUGACCGCACUGUUCUAAAGUGGGAGGUGAACCUAAAUGCCUUGGAAGCUGCCGCAUCCCUGGGUGGGGAGGACCUGGUCCCGUUCUACAGACUGCUGGAUGGCGGCCAGGACGGUGAAUUCUUCAGGGAGCUGGAAGACUAUUUCUACUAUGUGCAGCUGCGCAGCCAUGGCAUUGAUAUGCUGGAGAGCAGGCAGGUGUCAAUGUACAUUCCCUUGGAGGAAAUUCCUUCUGUAAUGAGAGCAAUGGGAUUUUAUCCAUCCGAGGAAGAGAUUGAAGAAAUGAUAAAUGAAGUAAAAUUCAGUGAGUUUGUGGAUACUGGAGAACAAGUGACAAAAAUCAAUUUAAGGGAUUUUAUCAAACUUUAUAUAAAUCAUCGGCCCGCGUUUGGCUUGUCAAUGAAAACAAUACGCCAAGCAUUUCAAGUCCUUGGUUAUGAGAAUGAGAAUGGUGACAAAGUUAUUGACAGAGGAGACUUGCUGUCACUCCUACAGUGCAGGGGAGAGCAUAUGAUGGAGGAUGAGCUGGCACUGUGUCUGUCUGCCCUGCUGGGCAGGCAUCCAAUGGGAGGAAGAUCUGACCUGGACGUAUGUGAUCCCUCAGGUGCAGCAGCUUUGAUGGAAGAAGAAAUUCCAGAGCAAAUCACAGCAGAGAGAUUCACUGCCGGCAUUCUUGGCCUAUCCAUUGCUGAGCCAGAAAAAAGAACAGUAAAAUGAGAUGGAUAAUUCAUCUGUGAAGACUCAGAAUGGUAGCUGCCACCGUUUUCUAUUCAUUUCUAGCUUCCAAACUCCUCAAGUACCUGUGAAACAUAUAUUAUUUGUUUAUUAAAAACUGUUGCGUAGCUUCAGAUUA